CGUUAAGGGCUUGCGUUGGCAGCCUCUUCCUACUGGCUUGCGUGUUGUACCCCGCCUAGGGAAGGGGCUGAGGUAGAUGUUUGUUAGAGAGGAGGGAGUUUGGUGAGUGUUAAUAGUAGAAAGUUUCACAUGAUUCAGACGCUGCCCACCUGCCGCUGAAACCUCUGAAAAGAUUUGAUUAGAAACUGGAUUAAGUAUUAAGGCCUGAGAUCGUCUGCGAGCUCAGCUGGUAAAUCCCUGGAACAGCUCAGGGCACGUUUCAAGGAUUUUUCAAUGCCAGAACAAAGUCAAACUAUAAUGGCAGUUGAUGAACUUCAAGCAAUAAUACAAAGAUGUCAAAUUCUGGAAGAAGCUGAUUUCAAAGGAGAAGAUUUUAGUCUGUUUCAGGUAGCAGGUCAGAAAUGUUUAGAAGAUGGGUAUGCAGCUCAGUUAUUAGAAGUAAUUCAAAAUGAGAAAAAUAAGGUUAUCAUCAAGAAUAUGGGUUGGAAUCUCAUCUCUCCUCUUGUUAGAUGUAUUUUAAUGUAUAAACAGGAAGAUGAUAAGCGAGAACACUGCCUGAAGAUACUAGAUCAGUUGGCACAGCUCUGCAAUCCGAAGGAACUUUUUUUGGGUUUACUUGAGCAGAUUGAGCAGGCGUCUGGAGAGCAAGCAUGCCAAACUGUCAUGUUAUUGCUUCAGCCUUUGCAGACAGUGCUUUUGAAACUUCAGAACAAGAAGGCCUACUCAUUGGGUUUAUCUUUGGCCAUGAUUAUGAAUCAGCUUACUCCCUUACCUGUACCUUAUACAAAACAACAAAUACAGGAAGAUAAACUUGGUCUCUGUCAAUGUUGUAAUGCAGUGGUGGACUUUACUAAACCUUUUGUGAAUGAAGUUAUUAAAAACAUGGAAAAGUCAUCAGAAUACAAUGACAUGGAGCUGAAAGAAGAAUUAUUAAAAUUCUGUAUGAAAUGCCUGAAAUACCCUUUAUUGACAGCUCAACUUGAACAACUUGAAGGCAUUGAAGAACAUCCCUUUCGGCAUUUUGCAACUGAAAUUAUAGACAUUUUGUGGGAUAUAAGAGAAUUAAUACCACUAGUGUUUUUACAUCGUAAAAGCAUAAGUCCACACUGGAAGAAUCAAGAGUUUGCGGACAUAGAGCGAAAGAAUUCUGCAGAUUCUUCAGCAUGUCUGUCAUAUCUGAUGUUUGUUCAGCAUUUUGGUAUUGAUUGCUUUCCAAUGGUAUUCAGUCCAUCAUACCUUCUGCAAUGCAAUAUGACACAUAUUGAAGUGCUACUGAAAAGAACAGAAGAAUCUAUGUUAUCUAAAGGACUUGAUCUGUUUGAGAGCUGUUUAUUGAGAAUGGAAGAUAAUAGCCUUCUCCAUCAGUAUUUAGAACUCAGAGAUUUUAUUAAUGUACCUCAGGAUUUGGUGAAAGUUAUGACCCUUUGUCCCAUAGAGCAUCUGAGAAAGAAGAGUUUACAUAUUUUGCAGUUGUUCAUAGACAAGUUUGACACAGAGGGAAAAUAUACAUUAUUCAGGUGUUUACUGAAGACAAGCAACCAUGCUGGUGUGGAAGGAUACAUUAUUAAAAAUAUAAAAGAUCAGAUUCACUUAUCGUUAACGAGGGCAUGUGACAACAUUUGGUUUACAGGACAUCACCUGAUCUCCCUUCUAGAUUUAGUGCUUUUGCUUCCAGAAGGUGCUGAGACAGAUCUUCUGCAAAACUCAGAUAGGAUUAUGGCAUCACUAAAUCUACUGAGAUACUUAGUCAUUAAGGAUUGUGAAAGUGAUAAUCAAACUGGUGUAUGGACCACACUUGCCAAGAUUGAGCAGAAUUUUUUAAAACCACUGCAUGUAGGACUCAAUAUGUCAAAAGCACACUACGAAGCAGAAAUAAAGAAUAAGAAAGAAAACAGAAGAGAGGCACACAGUUCUAACACAGUUUGUUCUGUAACUGUUAGUGGCGAAAAGAUGCCUGCUAUGACUACUGAAAUGCAGCUUCAGGUUUUGCACUCGGCCCUCUUCACAUUUGAUUUAAUAGAAAGUGUUCUAGCUCGAGUAGAAGAACUCAUUGAAGUGAAAAUAAAAGCUGUAAUGGAUGAAAAUAAUUAGGUCAGCUGAAGUAUUUGAGUUAGUGUACUUCUUACAAGAUCAUUUUGACUAAGAGACUUUGGUUGAAAAGGAGACUACUAACCCUUAAGGAAGAGCAAUUUAGAGUGGCCUCUAGAAGAAUUGCAAAUGCUGCUCUUCAUAAGUCUUGUUGCUGGUUUUUUUUUUUUUUUAUUUUGCUGUUGUUGUAUGCAAUUCACAGAAAUGGUGUAUUUACUACAGUAUUCAUCUUCAGAAUUUGAUGCUCUUUAAGUUUAGAAACUAAAAACAAGGGGGUUUUUUUGUUCUUAUGCUGUGGCAAGGACGUAUGGUUGUGCAUUUAUUUUUCUGUUAAUUUUCAAAAUUUGUUAGAUAAUAGUUGCUGACUGGUGUUGUGAAUUGCAAAGAAUUUUAUAAAGUGACUGGAGAACCAUUAAUUAAAAAGCACUGUUUAAGCACAA